AGAGCUGAGAUGGGAAGCCUCAUGUUAAGAUGACAGCCAGCGUGCGCUUCUGCUCUUGUAGGGGGUGGUUGACGUUCUGAAACAGAAGCGCUAGGGCGAGGUUCAGUCCUCGCUCAAUCUGGCUUUUCCGGGCCACUACUCCACAGUCCUGGCACUACCCUGGGAUCGUCAACUCGACACGCGUUCAGACCUGGCAACGGAUCACGAUGCCAAAAGAAGAGCGGCUACCAUACUGGAAAGUGAACGUGCCACAAGAGCAAUGGCCAGCGGAAUGUCCUGACUUCUUGAGUAACAUUGGCGAAAAGGACCAGCGCAUCAUUGGCACUCCAGACCACGAAUACGCGCUGUUGACCUGGCCGGAAGUGCGGGAACUCGUCAGGAUUGAUCGCGUUGACAAGCUUCAUCGCAAACCUUCGGAGCUGCGGCGGUACAGAGCGUUUACCUACCGGCUGGUCAAGGAGUAUGGCAGCAUCAUGAACUUUAUCGUGAAUGAGCGACUGCAAUGGCCAAGCAUGCAGCCGAAGGGAAAACCGUUUGAGUUCGACGAGGAUAUCAAGAUUCUGUACAACGACUGGCCAUAUGGCAUUGACCCAGACAUUGUGCACCUCGUGGUGUGGACCAAGUUCGAGCUCGAGGAUGACGAAGAGACGGGUCUCUGCACCGCAGAGUCGCGCAAAGAGAUUGGCGACUACGUCCAAAAGACGUUCGCCCCCAAGGUUGAAGAGCUCGUGUGGUUCAAGAACUGGAAGAGCCUGAAGAGCGUGCACGCCGUCGAGCACUUCCACGUCAUGCUGUACAAGCCGGACGGCGAUUUCCUCAAGCAAAUCACCGAUGGCGAUGUGCCUAUGACAGACAAGUUUGAAUGAAGCUAUGGCCGUAGUUGCAUUUGGUGGCGUAAUAGCGAUGGCUUCUAUAGACAGAAGAGAUGCGGUAGAAGGACCUGUCUGUAACCGAGGCCGCCAUCCUUACCGAUGAGGUCGAGUCGAAACUUAACUCAGUAGUCUAAAUAGGUAUGGCACUCGGCACAACGAUUGCUCGCAAACGCUGUUUACAUAGGAGUAAAUAGGCCGACUGGUUCCGGUGCAUACGAAAUCCAUGCUGCUCUCACGUUUCAGAAUAAACGGCGGAUAAGCGACCUUUCGCCUGACUAACUUUGACCCAGAACUUGA